UUGUUCGUGUUGAAAGUGAGUCCAGUGGUGGAGGGUGCGGGUUACUGGGCCAGCGUGGAGUGCGGCGAGCUGGUGGGAGGCGCGGGGCUGCAGGUGCCGCAGUACGCGCGGCUCCGCGGCGUGGCGGCGGGCUCGGCGGCCGCCUGCGACCUCCCGCCCGCGACAAACGAGCUCGCUAACGACACCCGCCUGCCCGACCUCGGACACUCUGUGACACAGUCCGCGACCGAGCAUGUUCCGGUCCAAUAA